AUGAUUAACUCUCCUAUGAUUAACUCUCCUAUGAUUAAGUCUCCUAUGAUUAACUCUCCUAUGAUGAAGUCUCCUAUGAUGAAGUCUCCUAUGAUUAAGUCUCCUGUGAUUGACUCUCCUAUGAUGAAGUCUCCUAUGAUUAAGUCUCCUGUGAUUAAGUCUCCUAUGAUGAAGUCUCCUGUGAUUAAGUCUCCUGUGAUGAAGUCUCCGGUGAUGAAGUCUCCGGUGAUGAAGUCUCCGGUGAUGAAGUCUCCUGUGAUGAAGUUUCCUUCUCCUGUGAUGAAGUCUCCUGUGAUGAAGUCUCCUAUGAUUAAGUCUCCUGUGAUGAAGUCUCCUAUGAUGAAGUCUCCUGUGAUGAAGUCUCCUGUGAUUAAGUCUCCUAUGAUUAAGUCUCCUGUGAUGAAGUCUCCUGUGAUUAAGUCUCCUUCUCCUGUGAAGUCUCCUAUGAUUAAGUCUCCUGUGAUUAAGUCUCCUAUGAUUAAGUCUCCUGUGAUUAAGUCUCCUAUGAUUAAGUCUCCUUCUCCUGUGAUGAAGUCUCCUGUGAUUAAGUCUCCUAUGAUUAAGUCUCCUGUGAUUAAGUCUCCUGUGAUUAAGUCUCCUAUGAUUAAGUCUCCUGUGAUUAAGUCUCCUAUGAUUAAGUCUCCUGUGAUUAAGUCUCCUGUGAUUAAGUCUCCUAUGAUGAAGUCUCCUGUGAUUAAGUCUCCUAUGAUGAAGUCUCCUAUGAUGAAGUCUCCUAUGAUUAAGUCUCCUGUGAUUAAGUCUCCUAUGAUGAAGUCUCCUGUGAUUAAGUCUCCUAUGAUGAAGUCUCCUGUGAUUAAGUCUCCUGUGAUUAAGUCUCCUGUGAUUAAGUCUCCUAUGAUUAAGUCUCCUGUGAUUAAGUCUCCUGUGAUUAAGUCUCCUAUGAUGAAGUCUCCUUCUCCUGUGAUUAAGUCUCCUAUGAUUAUGUCUCCUAUGAUUAAGUCUCCUGUGAUUAAGUCUCCUGUGAUUAAGUCUCCUGUGAUGAAGUCUCCUAUGAUUAAGUCUCCUGUGAUGAAGUCUCCUAUGAUGAAGUCUCCUAUGAUGAAGUCUCCUAUGAUUAAGUCUCCUUCUCCUGUGAUUAAGUCUCCUAUGAUUAAGUCUCCUGUGAUGAAGUCUCCUGUGAUUAAGUCUCCUAUGAUGAAGUCUCCUGUGAUGAAGUCUCCUGUGAUGAAGUCUCCUAUGAUGAAGUCUCCUAUGAUUAAGUCUCCUUCUCCUAUGAUUAAGUCUCCUAUGAUGAAGUCUCCUGUGAUUAAGUCUCCUAUGAUGAAGUCUCCUAUGAUUAAGUCUCCUGUGAUUAAGUCUCCUAUGAUGAAGUCUCCUAUGAUUAAGUCUCCUUCUCCUGUGAUUAAGUCUCCUAUGAUUAAGUCUCCUGUGAUGAAGUCUCCUAUGAUUAAGUCUCCUAUGAAGUCUCCUGUGAUUAAGUCUCCUAUGAUGAAGUCUCCUAUGAUGAAGUCUCCUGUGAUUAAGUCUCCUAUGAUGAAGUCUCCUAUGAUUAAGUCUCCUGUGAUUAAGUCUCCUGAUGAUCUCCUAUGA